AUGGCCUCCCAGCAAGAUGAGGCUCGCUGCGACGAGCGCAAGCGAGCCAUUCUGGACCGGCAGUUGAAUGGUAUUCAAAGUCAAGAAAAGCAGAGUAUAAACGUGUUUGCGUACGCGACGUUGGCAGACAAGAUCAUAUUGUCCGUCAGUUCAGCAUGCGCUAUCUUCGCAGGCGCCCUGAAUCCUCUAGUUCCGGUCAUCUACGGUCUUCUCGUCAGCGUGUUCAAUGGUUUCACCGCAGGGACUGUCACUGAGGGCGAAUUGCGCUCGAAACUAUCCACAUUCAAUCUCUAUUACGUCUACCUCAGCAUCGGUCUCUUCGUUUUCCACUAUGUAGCCACGGUCGGAUUUUACUACUCCGGCGACCACAUGGCGCGAGCGCUGCGCACGGCGUACCUGUCUGCAAUCAUGCGCCAGAACAUGGCAUUUUUCGACCUAUUAGAGCCGGGCGAGAUAACAAAUCGCACCAUGUCAGAUAUGGGCACAGUUCAAGAAGCAGUGACAAGCAAGAUCUCAGUACUGCUGAGCGCGAUUGCGACUUUCUAUGCUGCGUUCGCCGUGGCAUUUAUCAUGUAUUGGAAGACGGCAUUGAUCAUGAGUCCCUUCUUCGUUGCAAUGGGUGCCUCCGCAAGUAUUGGUGGUGCAUAUUCGGUUAAGUACCACAAGAGGGCAAUGAAGUUGUACAGCCAGGCCUCGGGAGUCGCCGAGGAGGCCAUCAGCGCCAUCAGGUAUGUUACCGCAUUCGGGAUCCAAGGACUCCUCUCCCAACGUUAUCUGUCAGUGCUGGAGCAGGUGGCAGAGGUCAAUAGCAAAGCGGAAAAUAUUGUGGCGGCCUUGAUUGCGUGGAUGAAUGCCAUGCCAUGUCUUCUCUACGCGCUUUCUUUUUGGGCCGGUUCCAAAUUCCUAGUCAAAGGUGAGGUAUCCGGGGCAGAAAUUACUGCAACGACGUUAGCCGUGACGAUUGGGCCAUUUGCCAUUAUUCGAAUUGCGCCGUCAGCUCAGGCGCUUACUUCCGGGGUAGCAAUUGCCGGGGAGGUGCUAAAGGCCAUCGCGAGACGGUCUCCUCAGGAUCUACUGACCGAGGACGGGCAACAGCCGCCAGGCAUGGUGGGCAAUGUCCAGUUAGACGAGGUCGGAUUAGUAUACCCGUCUCGAGACGAUGUGAAAGUAUUGAAGAAUGUAACCCUGACCUGCGCAGCAAUGAAAAAGACUGCGAUUGUAGGUCCAUCCGGAAGCGGGAAGAGCAGUAUCCUGGGACUAGUGGAACGAUUUUACGAGCCAACGAGUGGCACAGUCAUGCUUGACGGACGAGAUGUUCAAACGCUUAACCUUCGCUGGCUGCGCCGCCAACUCGCCCUUGUUGAUCAAAACCCGGUGCUCUUCAAUGCAUCCAUAUUCGAAAAUAUACAAUACGGUUGCUCUGGCACUCUAGAUCGACUAUCCGAAGCCGAAAAGUACCAAAAAGUAACAGAGGCGUCCAAGAAGGCCAAUGCACACGACUUCAUCAUGGCACUUCCUGACGGCUACCAAGCCCAAGUAGGUGAAAAGGGUCUCCAGCUUUCUGGGGGCCAAAGGCAAAGAAUUGCCAUCGCCCGUGCCCUAAUCAAAGAUCCGAAGAUCCUGCUUCUAGAUGAAGCUACAUCGGCGUUGGACUCUAAAUCUGAAGCGACGGUGCAGGCAGCGCUAGAUGGGGCUUCGGAGCAUCGCACUACCAUUAUCAUCGCGCAUAGGCUGUCAACGAUCCGGAAUGCCGAUAAGAUCAUUGUCCUUGCCGAAGGAAGGGUUGUAGAGGAAGGAAGUCACAAUGAACUCAUUGCGCGGAAUGGGGUCUAUGCAUCUUUGGUACAAAAACAACAGAUUGAGGAUACGAAAAAGGGCACGGCAACAGAUGCAACAAGGCUCUCCGUUGAUGGGGUGCAUAGCACUACAUCUAAGAAUCGAGCAGAAACAACAACAGGAAAAUAUGUACACCAACCAAGCGCAAAACAAACCCUAUCCUUCAUUGGGCGCAUGAGCAGGACCGACUGGAAAUUGCUACUUUUCGGGUUGAUAUGCGCGCUACUUGCAGGCGCAGGGAUCCCAGUUCAAGCAGUAUUCUUCGCCGAGCUCUUGACUGUGAUUGGCUAUCCUCCUUCUCAGUAUGGGCAGCUCAAACACCAAGUCACCGUGUGGUCCGGGGUUUAUGUCGCCCUGGCAGGUGCCGCUUUCAUUUCCUGGAUGGGUGUGGAGGUGACGAGCCAGAGUACCGACGAUCUAGCGGGAAUGGGUGGACCCGUUAUUGGGGGAAUCCUUACCUUCAUUGCGACCAUUCUUGGCGGGAUCGUACUGUCCCUGGCCGUGGGUUGGAAGUUAGCACUUGUAUGCACUGCAACGAUACCUGUCGUUGUGGUCUGUGGCUGGCUCCGCUUGCAAGUCCUAGCGGCAUUCGACACCAAAAUCAGACAUAGCGGACUGGACUCCGCAGCGUACGCCGGCGAGCUGGUUCGCUCGGUACGUACGGUCGCCUCUCUUGGGCUGGAGGAAUAUGCGCUGGCACGCUACGACGGCUUUGUAACCAAACAAGCGGCUAAGUCCCUUCGCUCGAUACUCGUUGCAUCUGCUCUGUACGCCGCUUCGCAGUCCAUUGUAUAUCUGUGUGCAGCACUGGGGUUCUGGUAUGGUGGCACUCUUAUUGCAAACCGUGAAUAUUCCGAGUUUCAAGUGUAUAUCUGUUUCGUUAGUCUUAUUUCGGGGCACAAAUUGCUGGCGAUGCAUGCGAGUCAAGAGCUCCAAAUGAUCAUAGAUUUGAAACCUACAAUCAACAAUGCAUCACAAGGGUUGAUCACUUCCACCGGAUACAACGACGUGAAGGGCGGUCAUCAUCAAGAUAUCAACGCUUGUCGGAUUGAGUUCGAAAAUGUAGUCUUUUCCUACCCAUCCAGACCUACCAGGCGGGCUCUGGACAAUCUUAGCAUUACAGUCGAACCGAGCCAAACACUCGCCCUCGUCGGCCAAAGCGGAAGCGGAAAGAGUACGUGUGUUUCGCUACUCGAGCGAUUCUACGAGCCAGACCAAGGCCGCAUUCUCAUCGAUGGACAGGACAUCCGCCAACGAGAUGUAGACGAACAUCGUCGAACCAUAUCACUCGUCAGCCAAGAGACCGUUAUGUUUUCGGGUACUAUCAGGGAGAACAUCGCCAUCGGCUUGGCGGGAGAGGAAGUGAGCGACGAUAAUAUUCUAGCCGCUUGCAAACAAGCCAAUAUCCUUGAAUUUGUAGAGUCACUCCCUGACGGGCUGUCCACGCUUGUCGGCACUGGUGGCAGCAUGCUGAGUGGAGGUCAGAAGCAGCGCAUUGCCAUAGCGCGGGCCUUCCUUCGGAGACCGAAGAUACUGUUACUCGGCGAGGCCACCUCCGCACUCGACACCGAGUCUGAAGCCAUUGUUCAAGCGGCCAUGGAUGCAAUCCGAAAGGAUCGAAUCACCAUCAUGGUGGCCCACCGGCUGAGCACCAUCCGCAAUGCAGAUGUUAUUUGCGUACUGCAGGAUGGAGCUCUGGUGAGGGAAGCCAUGAACAGCUAA